CCUGUGUACGACAUGGUAUGGCAGUCAAGACGCAGAUCCUCAGCAUCACACACGCGCGCUGGAUUGGGCUGGGCCUUCGGGGAUUAUUCUAGAAAACAGAAGCCUUGCCUACGCCACGGCCGUCUUCGGAGUAAAUCAGCAAAAUACGCAGCUGAUCUGGAACUAACGCAAGUGCACAAACGCCACUAUUCCUUCUGGCACGCGACACGACAGCCCUCGCCCCCUCCGCUGUUCGGUAAUCUCGUCUAUUCACUGGUGGCCAGCAGAUGCAAGACAAUCAAGCACGUGGGGUACAGCUGUAUAUUUGCUGCUGGAGAUUAUGGGAGAAUGCAACGCACAUAAAAGCCGCUUUUCUCGCUCCUAGAACCUCCCUUUUCUCUGUUUCAUCUUCAACCCCUGAGCCAUCCUCGGCCAUCACCAUUACCAUCAUCAUUGACUGAUUCUGGUGUCCGAUCAACAGUUUGUCAAGAUGACGCUCCACCAGUACGACUACAUCUUUGCCAUUGGCACUCUGUUUGCCAUGCUGGAUGCCUACAACAACGGUGCAAAUGAUGUGGCCAACUCCUGGGCAACUAGUGUGUCAUCUCGAUCCAUCUCCUACAGACAGGCUAUGAUCUUCGGUACAAUCUUCGAGAUGCUGGGUGCCAUCACCGUCGGCGCCCGUACUGCUGAUACCAUCAAGAACGGCAUUAUCCCCAACUCAGCCUUCCAGGGCAAUGCGGGUGUGCAAAUGCUUGCCUUCACCUGUGCUCUCGCAGCUGCCUCUUCCUGGGUGAUGUGGUGUACCCGACACUCCGCUCACGUCUCUUCCACUUACUCUCUGAUCUCGGCGGUUGCUGGCGUUGGUGUGGCCACUGUUGGAGCCUCCAAAGUUCAGUGGGGAUGGAAUGACGGAAAGGGUCUUGGGGCUAUCUUUGCAGGUCUGGGAAUGGCGCCUGCGAUCUCAGGUGCCUUUGCAGCGAUCAUCUACAUGCUCAUCAAGGUUGUGGUCCACAUGCGUAAGAAUCCUGUUCCCUGGGCUGUUUGGUCGGCCCCCUUCUUCUUCCUUGUCGCGGCUACCAUCUGUACCUUGUCCAUCGUUUACAAGGGGUCUCCCAGCCUUGGUUUGAACAAGAAGCCCUCCUGGUACAUUGCUGCCGUUACAGUGGGCACUGGUGCUGGUGUCUGUCUCCUCUCCGCGCUCUUUUUUGUCCCCUGGGCCCACGCCAAGGUGAUUAAGAAUGACCAUACCAUCAAGUGGUACCACGUCUUUAUGGGUCCCCUCCUGUUCAAACGGCCUGCCCCUGCGGAUUCCGAUAUUUCCAAUGUUCCCGACUACUCCGUUAUCCAGCACGAUUCCGACAUGUCCCCCCUUGGUUCCCCUGAUACCAUCCGCGUGGACCCCGAAGAGCCCCUUCCCAAGGCUGUGGAAGCCAACGAGAAAGGAAUCGAGGUCGUCGAGGCCCAGGUUGACUACAAGAAGCUCAUGGCGGAGGGCGAGGCCCGCUUCCAUGCUAAGCUCCGCAAGGGACGGGGUCCUCUUGCCUGGGCGAUGCGCACACUGCACGAAAACCCCAUGGGGGCUGGUGAGAUCUACGAGUUUCGGAACAUCAAAAUCAUGCUCAAGCGCAUCCCGGCCAUCAUCGUCGCUGGUCUGCUCUACGGUCUUCAUUACGAUAUCCACGCCGCCCAGAGCGGUAUCCACGGUACCCCUGAAGGAGAUCGCAUGGACCGCGUCUAUUCCCAUGCAACGAAGUACCCCAACGAGGUCGAGCACACUUAUUCCUUCAUCCAGGUUCUCACGGCUUGCACUGCCUCAUUCGCUCACGGUGCUAAUGAUAUCGGUAACUCUGUGGGUCCGUGGGCUGUGCUGUACUCUGCCUGGUCCACCGGGGAUGCCGCUGCUUCCAAGGCCCCUGUUCCAGUCUGGCAACUCGCGGUUCUCUCUGCUAUGAUCUCGAUUGGUCUCAUCACCUACGGUUACAACAUCAUGAAAGUCAUGGGUAACAAGAUCACCUACCACUCCCCUAGCCGUGGUUGCUCUAUGGAGAUGGGCGCUGCAAUCACCGUGCUGGUGUUCUCUCAGUUCUCCCUUCCCGUGUCGACCUCGAUGUGCAUCACAGGCGCUACGGUCGGAGUCGGUCUCUGCAACGGCACCAUCAAGGCUGUGAACUGGCAGCGAGUCUCUCUGCUGCUCCUUGCCUGGUUCAUGACCAUCCCCAUCGCUGGAACCUUGGGAGGAAUUCUGAUGGGUCUCUUCAUCAACGCUCCACACUUCUUGUCCUAAGUGUCUCUUGAUAGAUAUCGUAUUUUCUUUUGUUUGCUCUAUCUUUUGAAUGUUCAUGGACAUGCAAUGUGAAUAAGCGCACCCAAGUCUCCACAAUGCAAUCAUUCC